CCUGCCUCAUUUGAGCAGAAAGAAAGACGAGGAAACAAUAGAAGCCAACGAUCAUUCCUAAACUGGAUAGACCAGUUGGGGCAGGUAAAGGCAAACUGCCAGACUUGUCAGAGGACACGACUGCUUCUCUUAGAACGUACAAGGCUCAACACCAGGAAUCAUCAAGCCAACUGACGCAAUGCUAACUUUUCCCUCAGCGAGAGCGGAAUGCCGAGCCCCAGUCAAGGUGUGGAUCGGGUUACCUGCUGAACAGAGCUUCUUUUUAAAGCCGCGCUGUCCCACCCCCCACCACAGCAGCUAAGCCCCCAUUGUUGUGUGGGCGCACAAGCCCCUAGGAGGUGAGGGGAGCAGUGGGCAGCAGCGGUGGCCACGCCCGGGAAUCAUUUUUGGUGAUUUAACCCCCAAUUCCAACCCUUGAUGCUGAGUGCCAAGCAGGGAGCUGAAGGUGAUGUCAUCGGAAAACCUCGCAAAGCCCUGCGAUGAGGCCCAAAAUAGUGAACUGGAGGAAGACAUAUCUCCAGCUCAGGAUGUAACAAAGACGUCAGAAGAUGGCCCGAUGAUGAAGGUCCUGGAGGAGGAGAUGCGCCUGCAGAUGUGGCCCUGCAGUGGUGUGGUGGAGGAGCAGGAUGGAGUGGAGCCCCAAGGUCCUGGACCUUUCUUCUUCAUUGGAGGAGCCAACGGUGCAGAAAUAGUGAGCACUUACUGUGAAAAGAGAGGAUGGAAGAGAAUCUACAACAAGCACACGGCCGACUUCAAACUCAAGUGGUGUGAGAACAAAUCUCCGUCCACCUACCGCAACUUCAGAAAAGGUGAACAGCUGGUGUAUCAGAUCCCCAACAACAAGGUGCUCACCACCAAAAUCGGCCUGCUCAGCAGUCUCAGAGAGUACGACCGAGUCAGCAGCAAAGUCAAGCACAGCCGAGCACUCAGGAGGCUGAAAAUCGAGGAGUUUAUUCCUACCACCUUCCGUAUGGACGUAAAAAAAGAGCGAGAGGCUUUCUUCGCACAGCAGGAAGGUGUGAGCAACAACAAUGGUCAAAUGUGGAUCUGCAAGCCUACUGCUCUGAACCAGGGCAGGGGGAUCUUUCUGCUGAAGAGCCUGCAGGAUGUCGUGGCCUUAAAAGUGAAGCUGCAGGACAUUGAGGACCGACGGGCCAAAGCAAAGACCCUUCAACGCCAGCCUCAGGCCUACAUUGUCCAACAUUAUAUCCAGAGGCCGCUGCUGUUAAAAGGGAAGAAGUUCGACGUGCGCUCAUUCCUCUUGAUCGCCUGCACGUCACCUUACAUGGUCUUCUUUCACCACGGUUACGUGCGACUCACCUGUGACCUCUAUGACCCCAGCUCCAAAAACCUCUCGGCCCACUUGACCAAUCAGUACAUGCAGAAGAAGAACCCUCUGUACAGCCAGGUGAAGGAGGACACGGUGUGGUCCAUGGAGAGCUUCAAUGCGUACGUCAACGACCGCUUUCAGGUUGCCAAGCGUCUACCAAGGGACUGGGUGCUGGGCGCCUUCACUAGGCGCAUGCAGCAGAUCAUGACACAAUGUUUCUUUGCUGCCAAAUCCAAGCUUGAUGGCAGACUGGGCUUCUUUGACCUGAUUGGCUGUGACUUCAUGGUGGACGAGGACUUCAAGGUUUGGCUCUUGGAGAUGAACUGUAAUCCAGCUCUUCACAUCAACUGUGAGGUGCUGAGGGAGGUCAUACCCCCCGUUGUGGUGGAGACACUAGAUGUGACUCUGGAAAUCUUCCACAAGCGUCUUCUCAGGCAGCGUAUCCUUCCUUUAGCCAGUCAGAGGGGCUUUGUGCUCCUGUACGACGGACCCGAUAGCUCAGCUCUGACUUGCAAGAAAAGGCAUCGUAGACGGAAACGGAAACAAUCGUAAAGUCACUACAAAGAGCCAACACCGCAGCUCAGUGGGCAGAGCUUCAGAUGGCAACAUUGGCCCAAACAAGACCGGUUGUUCUCGAAUGGAGCUCAAACUGAGUAUACGUGCACUCUGCAGCGUCCUUCACAGGAUGCAGAUGUGCUGAAACAAACACAUCUACCGUGUUGCUGACUUACACUUACCAGUGACAACAACUAACCCUCUUCUAAUGCAUACUGAUUGAAGGCACAAAAAAAGAAUGCAAACAUACAUAUUUUAAAGCAACAAUGUACCAUAACUGAUCUAAAAUAACAGAAGUUGGUGAGUGAGUUAGAUUUUGAAUAUCCAAAAGUUUUGCCACCAAGCUAAUUAUUAAUUAAAGAAUACUAAUUUGUUUUAGAAAGACUUGUGCCCACUGUGCGGGGCAUAUGUAUCAGGAACAAAUUUGAACCAACUGACAAUUUCCAUAUCUAUGUUUUACAACACAUGCGAGUUAUACCGUUUAAAAUUUGAAAAGAGUUACUAUUAUACAGUAGGCCUGCUUGCGGAGCAAUAGCGGCCUCUAGUGCUACAAAGCAGCAAUAGCAUUGCAUUUUGAUACUGUACGUGUGUGACUAUUAUUCUUACACACUGGUAUUGUAUUUUGAAGAAAAGCAACCAUUAUUAUUUCAAAGUACAGUAUUUAAAAAUGUGAAUGUAAAAAAGUUAAAUGACUUUUUGGGGUACUAAAUUACAGUUCUGUGUU